UCGGCUGAUAAGAAACAGAGCCAAAACGACGUAACAAAAAAUAGGCGUAGGCGACACUCAAUUACCUUUUUCCUGUUUCAUUUUCAAAUGUCAAACACACUCAAAAUUCUCAGUCGCAAAGUGGCCAGCUUCCUAAACAGCAGUCAUCACCAGCAUUAUCAACAGCAAUAUCGCAGCAUUAUGUCAACUGGACAAACAGCGGCAAUUGUGGCCGUUGGCCAAAUGUGCGCAACCGACGACAAAGCCGCCAAUCUGCGUCAAGUGGAGCAGCUGGUCCAACAAGCGAAAGCCAAACAAGCCAAAUUACUUUUCCUACCCGAAUGCUGUGACUUUGUGGCCAAGGAGAAGAGUCAACUCUUGACUAUGGCCGAACCCCUAAACGGUGCACUUAUGGCCAAGUAUCGUGAGCUGGCCAAGUGCAAUCAAAUCUGGCUAUCGCUGGGCGGUCUGCACGAGCUCAAGUGCUCCCCAGGUGGCGACGAACCCAACAAAAUGUACAACGCACAUGUGCUGCUCAACGAUCAAGGUGAUCUUGUGGGUGUCUAUCGCAAGCUUCAUCUGUUCGAUGUGAAGACUCCGGAAAUUACACUGAUGGAAUCCUCCUACGUCGAGGCGGGCAAGAGUCUGGAGCGUCCACUAGCAACACCAGCCGGUCGUCUGGGCCUGCAGAUCUGUUAUGAUUUGCGCUUUGCGGAGACGGCCCUGCUGCUGCGCAAACUGGGCGCUCAACUGCUCUCCUAUCCAUCGGCCUUUACCUACAGCACAGGCAAGGCCCACUGGGAGCUGCUGCUGCGUGCGCGUGCCAUAGAAACUCAGUGCUUUGUGAUUGCCGCUGCUCAGCAGGGUUGGCACAAUGCCAAGCGUCAAUCUUGGGGCCAUGCCAUGAUCGUCAGCCCGUGGGGCAAAGUGCUGGCCGACUGUGGCGAACAGGAGUUGGGCGUGGCCACCGCCGAGGUGGAUCUCUCUACGCUGGACAAACUCUACCAGAGCAUGCCGUGCUUUGAGCAUCGACGCAACGAUAUCUACAGUUUGACUGCCUAUAAUUUAAAGAUGCCCAACGAGGCGGACGGACAGGAUCGUGCUUUUGCCGAGAAUAUUGUGGACAAGCGAACCAUCUUCUAUGAGUCGGAACACUGUUAUGCCUUCACUAAUCUGCGCUGCGUUGUUGAGGGUCAUGUGCUGGUCUCCACCAAGCGUGUGACGCCACGACUCAACGGUCUCAAUUGUGCCGAGAUCACUGAUCUGUUUGCCACCGUUUGCAUGGUGCAGCGACUGCUGGAGCAGAUCUAUGGCACCACAUCGGCUACGGUAACUGUACAGGAUGGCGCCCAGGCUGGUCAGACGGUGCCUCAUGUGCACUUUCAUGUGAUGCCACGUCGCACUGGCGACUUUGGGCACAACGAUCAGAUCUAUGUGAAGCUGGAUGAUCGUGCCGAGAAUUUGCCAGCGCGAACACUAGAGGAACGAAUUGACGAGGCACAGAAGUAUCGUGAUUAUCUGCAGGACGCGAGGAGUUAACCUACACCUUUAAUUUUAAUAGAUACAUAUGUGUGAGGCUUUUAUGUAAAUAUGAUUCUGGCAGUAAAGAGCUCUUAACAAUGGA